AUGAACCCAUUGAAGUGUGCAUUUGGAGUUUCAGCCGGGAAUUUCUUGGGGUUCUUGGUACACAAACGAGGUAUUGAAGUUGAUCAGAACAAGGUCAAAGCUAUUAUAAAUGCUAGGGCCCCAGCCAACAAAAAACAAGUGCAAAGGUUCCUCGGCCAGACUAACGUGAUCAAGUAUAUGCUAUCAAGGCCAUUGAUCACUGGCCGAAUAGGUAAGUGGGCUUUGGCUUUGAUGGAAUUCAAUUUUAUCUACGUCCCACAAAAAUCAGUAAAAGGAAGGGUUCUGGCUAAUUUUUUGGCCGAUCAUCCUUCAACUGAUAUUGAUCCAUGGGUUUAUGAUGAAUUGGAGUCAUCAGCUAUAUUCUUAACUCCUUGGAUCUUGAUGUUUGAUGGAUCAAGCACGGCUGAUGGAGCAGGAGCAGAUUUUAAAUGUUCAAAUAAUCAGGCCGAAUAUGAAGCGCUUAUAAUCGGCCUGGAGAUUUUUAUUGAAAUGGCUGUUAGAGAUUUCUGGCCGAGAGGGCAGAAUAAGGAGGCCAACAGCAUGGCCCAAGCAGCCUCUGGAAUAAGAGUACCAGUCGGAAUAGAAAAUCAGUUGAUAAAGAUAACACGAAGAUCUUUGCCAUCGGCCGAAUUGAGAAAUACUAUGUUGUUUGAUACUUGGACAACUGAUGUAGAAGAUUUGGCCGACGAUGACUGGAGGAUACAAUUUAUAAUGUUUCUUCGAAAUCCAAACAUCAAGGCUGAUAGAAGUAUUAAAAGAAAAGCGAUCAACUUUGUGCUUCUAGAUGGGGAUCUAUACAGAAAAGGGUUAGAAGAUGGGCUCCUAUUAUAA